AUGCCGCCGUUAGACCUGGGAGAUGACGGGUUAGACAUUCAUCCAGUGUUGGAUAGUCACGACAUUGACUGGCACUCACCUCUGGGUCAAAGACACUCAUUCGAUCAUGUCUUUGGAAACACAUUUGUCCCUCAAGAGCCGUCGGCUGCUCUCCCUCAAGACGCGCCUGCGGUAUGGACCAAGUUUGGCGAGCUGGAACAAGAGGAGCGCAUGACCCCGCUGGAGGAUAUCGACCUCUUGCCGGGUCCUUUACCGGAAAGCCCGCCAAACUAUUAUCCAAGCCCUGAGGGCGGUCUCUUUUAUGGUAUCCAUGAUGAGCUGCUCCGGGCCCUUGAGCCAGAUGUCGAGGAUGAAGACGUUGCUCCAGCCAUCGAUGAAAAGGAAACUCCGAUCGAGGAGCUCAUAGAGGUCAAGGCAGAAGACUCGGAAACGCCAGAUAUACAACCGCUCAGCAAGCCGCAGCCGCUUAGCAAGACAGUGAGAGUCGAGCUUCCAGAGAGUCUGCUCCUCAUACCACGGUCAUGCUACGAACCAUUCGAGCCCGAUGUGCCGAUUGUCAGAGAGCGCAUAGCUUUCGAUACUCUCUUUGAGGCUGCAAAACAGGCCGGCCAGGAUAUCGAUGACUUUGUCGAGUUUCAGCUUGACGACUUUGCCAUCUACUGCGAUCGUCCCAAAUAUCCGGAAGAGAUGUGCUCUUUGCACAAUCUCGACACCAAGAAUGGCUUUGGCAGCUCCUUUUUUGAUGGAAGACUCAGCGUUGGUAAUACAGCCUUCUUCGUGCGUCGAGUACGCAUUGCUGCGCUCCCGAUUGACAACUACGGUACUCUGUCCAAGCACACAGUCCGCGACAAGAUCUGGCUUCAGUCAACCUUCAACUCGGCACGCGAGGUCUACUACCGUUUGAACCGUCCAGCCAAGGAGUACCGGCGCUUCUUUAACCCUUUCCUGUGGGUGGCUGACCUGGCGAAGCAUUUCGUCGACUAUCUUAAGGUGAUGGGCGAGAGUCGCCUCGACGUGACAAUCUUUCACUUCCGUGCGACCUUUAGCAGCUGGCUGGCCAAGACACACGGCAAGGCGCCCGUUUUUGUCGCGUGGAGAAAGCGGUUCCCAAGCGAUGACUUUCGAACAGCUGUCGUGGCUAACCUGGGAUUCCUUCAUAAAGAGGCCAUCGGUGUGCUGGGAGCCGGUAAGACGUACAAGCACAGUCUGUGGGCUGAGAUCUGGGAGUUCAGACAGUAUCAGAAGUUUCCGCCAGAGGAGAAGAAGGAUGGUCGCCGGAGGAGGGAGAGAAAGUCUCAGAUUCAAGACGAGUCGCCAACUGAGAGCAGUCUUGACGGAACAACUGAGGACCAAACGCCUGCAGACACAAAGAACAACAGCCAGAACAAAGACAGUCCGCCCACGAUUGUCACGCAGUACAUGUACGACUGCUUCUCUCAUCUCCCCUUUGGCGACCGCCUCGAGGCCAUGCCCUUGAGCGACAAGACGAAAACCAUGCGCAAUCAACUAAUUCGGAAGCGCCAUCUUGAACUCCCUGCGCCGCUGCACACCACCGCGAAAGACAUAUCGACGGCUGAGACGCAGCAGAUCCGUGACAUCCAGCCGGGAGACACCAUUUCGACGCAGCGAGAUGAUGAAGAGUCGGGCACCAUGUGGCGACGUGAUAUCUCGCAUGGGUUUCACGACGUUGAUCGCUGGCUUGCGCUGGUUCAGCGAGUACACACGGAUAAGCGUGGCCGCCGAUCCUUUGAUGUCAUCUGGUACUACAGACCUGUCGACACAUUAUGUGGCCUAAUGAAAUAUCCGUGGAACAACGAGCUAUUCCUCUCGGACCACUGCUCCUGUGGCGAGACAACGAAAAUCCGCGAGAGCGAGGUCUUGGGUGUGCACAAUGUCGAGUUUGGAGGAACAUCGGCCACAACCGCCGAGUUCUUUUGUCGACAAACAUAUAUAUGCGCUGAGCGCAAGUGGAUUACUCUGGAGAAUGGCCACCUUCAUUGUUCUCAUACAACAAAGGCUCCCAAGGCUCCAGAGUUUGAAGCCGGAGAGACACGGCUUGUCAUCCUAGACAAGCACAGCGGUCGUUCUGAGCCAUGCGAGUUUGUGACCUCUUACGAGGAGGAUUACAGUGACAUCUACAGGUUCCGGCGGUUGGUAAGGAGGGGGCAAGUUGAUCCCAAAGCACCAAAUGCUCGACCGAACGAGUUGGUGUAUAGCGAGAACCUGGUCGAGGUGAAGAGGCGACGCAUUCUGGAACCAUGUUUCGUGCGCUUCUUUGGGGUUGGGCAAGAGAUUGCUUCACCCUACGACCGAAACGGAGUGGGAGGCUUCUUUUAUAUCACACAUCGGGAGGUAUACGAUGAAAAUACUGGAGCUCAGACAUAUGUUCCUCUCGAGGCGUUUCCUACGACGCUCAAACAAGGAUUCGACCCAUCUGAACCCAUUCAACGGCUCCGGGGUCUGGAUCUCUUCUGCGGCGGUGGAAAUUUUGGACGUGGACUCGAAGACGGAGGUGGCAUCGAGAUGCGCUGGGCAAAUGACUUCAAUGAAAAGGCCAUGCACACGUACAUGGCCAACACGGCAGGUCCCGGAGCCGUUGCCCCCUUUCUUGGCUCCAUCGACGACCUCCAGCGGUUAGCUAUUCAAGGAGAGUUCGCCGACAAUGUCCCUCUGGUCGGUGAUGUCGACUUCAUCUCUGGCGGCAGCCCCUGUCCCGGCUUCUCGCUCCUCACAAACGACAAGACCACGAUAACCCAGCGCAAGAACCAGUCCCUCGUCGCCGCUUUUGGCUCCUUCAUCGACCUCUACCGUCCAAGAUACGGUCUUCUCGAGAAUGUCCCCGGCAUCGUGCAACGCAAGUCGAACCGCGACCAGGAUGUCUUUAGCCAGUUGAUCUGCGCCAUAGUAGGUCUCGGAUACCAGACUCACUUCUUCUUCCUUGACGCCUCGGCUUGUGGUUCUCCUCAGCGCCGUGCUAGAGUCUUUCUAGCCUUUGCUGCCCCGGGUCAUCGUCUCCCUCGUCGUCCUAACCCAACGCACGCUCAUCCUCCCCAUACUAACUCCUUUAGCCUGGGUAACCUCCCCACUGGUGAACCCAUGGCUGAACGGAUAAUACCCUCAGCCACACCCUUUGACUUUGUCUCUGCCCAGGCUGCGACCGCCGACCUUCCCCCUGUAUACGACUCCAAACCCGACAUAUGCAUUCCCUUCCCAGAUCACCGCAUCUCCCUCGGCGCAACACGACAGCUCCGCAACAAGAUUAACCUAAUCCCCACGCGCCCCUAUGGCAUGAACUUUGCCCAGGCCUGGUACGGCCCGGACCGAAAAAAGGCCGGCACCGGCGUCCUCACCCCGGCCGAGCGCCUCGUCUUCCCCGCCGACUCGGCCAGCUCCCUGAGCCGCUCCAACCCCUGGUCCAACGCCUACGGCCGCCAGCGUCCCGAUCGUCUCAUCGAGACCGUUGUGACGGGCCAGAGCCCCAGUGAUGCCAAGAACGGUCGUACAUUGCACUGGCAGGAGGACCGUGUGCUCACCAUCAUGGAGGCCCGGCGUGCUCAGGGCUUCCGCGAUCACGAGGUCAUACUCGGCUCUCCCUCUGAUCAGUACCGUGUUGUUGGAAACAGCGUUGCUCGUGAGGUCGCCGUCAGUCUAGGCGCCGUUUUCCGCGAGGCAUGGGCGCAGAGUCUUGUGGAUGAGGGUCGUGGCACCGCCGCUCCUACUCGGCCAGGCGUAGACGUAUCUCCAGCUGUCAAAGUUGAAGAGAUUACCCCUGGCGAAGUAGCUUCAAUCAACGUCGAGGAACCUCCUCGCUCACGAGCUUCCCGGAGUCAAAGCAGGUCGAGCCAGACUUCAUCUACACCCACGACGACCCCUCCUCCUCCAAGCAGCGGCUCAAAGCGGCAGAGGAGGACUUCUAUCGCCAUUGAGAUCAGAGCAUCCAAGACGUCCAAAAUGGACAAGGACGAUAGCCCUGGAAGGGGCACACCCAGUAGUACUCAGGGUCAUCGGCCGAGUCGCUUGAGAGAGCGUUACGCUUGA